CCUCUCUAUUUAUUCACACACACUCUCCCUCAAGUGUCUCAUCAAAUCAUUAACAUCUCCGCUUCAUCUUCUUCUUCGCUCCCCCGAUAACUUCGAUAUCGAAUUAAGGAGGAGAAGAAGGAGAAGACAAAGAAGAUCUCGUCGCAGCAGUGACCGAUAUUCCUUGAUAGAAAAUCCACCAGCUGCAAAAGUGACCAAUUCUUCGAUCAUGUCUCGUUCUCUCCAAAGCUUUAAGUUUGUCUCUUCCGUUGUCCUCGACGGAGCCGCCGCCGCUAUCGCCAGGCGGGGAUUUGCAGCUGCUGCGGUGGCAGAGGGAGGAGCUGCUGCGUCUAGCAGCGUGAGGAUCGGCGGGGCGAGGAGCAGUGCUGCCUUGAAGAGAAGCGGAGAGGAGAAAGUGAAGUCUGUGGAGAAGGUGUCGUGGGGACCCGACCCGAAGACCGGAUACUACAGGCCUGAGAGCGCCACAGCGGAGAUCGACGUGGUCCAGCUGCGUGCCACCCUGCUUAAGCACAGCACCUGAGUACACCGGCUUCGGAUGGAUUGGGAAAACGGGUGAAAUUAUUACAUGAGCUCAGUCCAUCACGAUAUAGCAUUCGACUGAGCCGAUCAUAAGCUGACACAAUAUCUUAUGAUUAUGAUCCAACUGGUUCCAACAAUGAAUACUUGCUAGUAGACGUGUGUACGAGGUGGGACUGAAUUCGAGUAAUAAUUUCUCGUAUUAUAACCAGAUUCAAAUUUACAAUUCUGUCCUCCUA